AUGGCACCGAGAAAGUCAAGAAGAGCAAUCAAAAAACCUCCGCAGAAGCAGUUGAAGCUUGACACUGUCUUCAAAUGUCCCUUCUGUUCUCAUCCCAACAGUGUUGAAUGCACCAUUGACAGAAAAGAAUGGAUGGGGUCAGUUAGUUGCUGGUUUUGCCAGGCGGACUAUUAUACUACUAUCACAGCUUUAACGGAGCCAAUAGACAUAACUGGGAAUGACCCACCUAUUGGAAGAAGAAUGUUUGGGGGAGAUUACUAUUUGAAUUCCAAUAAGCCAGUGUUGUUUCAUGGCUCCAAGAAUGAUUUUUCCGCAAAACAUGGGACUUAUUAUAAGGGGAAUUAUGUUGGGAAAAAACAUAUUUGGCUCCGAAAGCACCUCAGGUCAAUUGCUUUAAUGUUUGUCUUCAUGGGAUUACUUUUCCUGCUUGAUUCUCUCAUGGUAUUUAUUUUUGAUUCGGCGAAUCUUCAGAGUAGUUUAACUCCAAGAAGAUCAAGUGGGACUAAGGAAGAGGACAGAGUUGGCAACAAAGAGAAUACAAAAUCAGCAGUUCAUAUGUAUGAUCGGCUUCUGAACUUGGCUUCUAGUGCUCUGGCAGAGAAAGAGUUUAAACAAGAGUCUGCAAGCUUCUGGGAAGAGCCAUAUAAGCAGGUGUCUGCGUGGAGACCUUGUGCAGAUAAAAAACUUCCUACGAGUCUUGGGCGAUAUGAUGAAAAUAAUGGCUACAUAUUAGUUUUAUAUUAUAUGUGAUGAUAUUGCAACUGCUUGCAGAUAUGCAAUGCUGUUGCCGUGGCAUCGCUUUUAAAUGCAACUCUUGUUCUUCCAAGGUUUCUUUACAGCAAUGUAUGGAAAGAUCCCAGCCAAUUUGGUGAUAUUUACCAAGAGAAGCAUUUUAUGAAGAUCAUGAAGGAUGAAGUAGAUAUUGUAAAGGACCUACCGCCUGAUUUGAAAUCAAUUGACAUUGAAGAUAUUGGUAGUCUU